AUGGAGAGAGCUCGAGCCCGACGUCAGUCCGCAUCGCCUGAGAUCUCUAUCAUAUCAUCUGAUUCGCCUCUGGGGGAGAUCAUGCACAUCGACCCAAAACUCGGGCACACAAUCGCAUCUGUGUCUGUGGUGCUCGGCAUCGCGCUUCAUUCCUGGAAAGUCGGCAUCGCGCUUCAUCCCGGUCUCACCUGGAAACUCCUGGUCGCGUUAACGCUGUUCCUGCUGCUCACGGGGCUCAACGUACACGGCGUCGUCGGCUGGAUGGAGAGGAAAGGGUUGAGGAAAGGGCUGGAGAUGAUGCGAAUGGGCAAGAAGAUGAUGGCUGAUGCGGCGGCUGACGGCCUUUUCGAACGGGCAGGCGGGGCAGAGUGCGCAUCCAGCAACCAGACAGAAAUCCUCGACGACACGGGCAUCCCAGCUGUCAUCCUCUUCAUCACGACCCUGGCGCUUGCGGUGAUGGAGGCCAUCCCAGCUGUCAUCCCUUUCGUGGUUUCCGAGUGGUUCCUUGAGCAGCCGACACAGGGCAUCAAGUUGCUGGGGCUCCAUAUCAGCCCAGUGGUGGCGGCGCACUCGACUAUCAGUUGUUUACUUAUUGCUGCGGUCUGUGUUUUCCCUCGUGCUGCUACCGGAGGUGUCCCUAAGGGCCUGGCGGUGUUUCUAACCGGGGCUUAUGUGCUGCUGACUGGGGCGUACGCUCACGGCAUCAUCCAUGCUGGGACCGUCCUUGUGUCGUUCACCACGCUGAUCAAGUCGGGCAUCCUCUACGCCUUCGUCACAGACAAUUGGCCUCUGGUGCUCGCGGGGCUUUUCAUCCUGCUAUCUGCGGUGCUGGGCAAGGAGCAAGCCGAGCCAUCGCCCCAGCUGCCCCCUUCUGAUGAGCAACAGGGUGCCAACAAAACGCCCGAUGAGCCGCCGACGGCCAGACAGCUAGUCGGUUCCGUGAUGUUUUCGCCAGCCGCGCGAUGAUGCCCGCCUUCAUCAUACAGACCGUGUGGAAACUUGUUUGGACUGUGUUCGGGUUUGAUACUCCUUUGUGGUUCUUGAUAUUCGUUUGUGAAGCCAUCCUGUUCUGGGAACUGAUCCACCCAUUGUCUGCCAACAGAGGCGGGGCGAAGAUUUGGGGCUGGAAAGAGGUGCCGGCUUCGGCGAUGUUGCUUGGCAGCUCCCCCUGUGCUAUCUAUAUCAUCAUCUCGGUGGUGGGGCUCUCGGCGUUCGCGCCGGAUCUGGCUUGGGACGGGCAGUGUCUGGGAGUCAGCAUCGCCAUUAGCCCAGCAGUGGUCCACUCGCUUGCUGGUCUUCUGUUGCUGGGAGGGAUCGUCCAUCAGCCCCGUGAGAAGAAGGUAGCCCUGGUUGCUGCCUGGGUGUACCUGCUGGUCACGGGGCUCUUUGCACACGGCAUCAUCCAGAAGCCCCCGGCCAUUCAAACAGCCUUGCGCGCCUUUGCGACUGGUGCGGAGAUUGAGUGGAACCGGAUACAGGGGGUCGAUAUUGUGGGGAUUCACUUCAGCCCAGCAGUCUUGCACACGCUUAGUGCUCUUACAGUCGUGGCAGUGGCCAUCCUUCUGCCCGAACAUGCAACCCAGCUUGCUGGAUUCCUGGUUCCUUUGUUCCUGCACCUGUUGUGCACGGGCCUUCGCGCGCACGGCAUCAUCCAGUAUCCUCCGGACCUUCAGGCCGCCUGGCGCGCCUUUCAGGCUCGUCUGGAUCUCCCGUCAGUCGUUCCUGAGUCGCACAAGACAGCGGACGCCGAGCGCAUGGGGGCCGCCAACAUUGGGGCAGUUUUGGGUGGCCUGGCUGCUGCUGCGGAGUCCCUUUUCUCGACUAUCGGCUGGGUGGUCGUGUUCUUCAUGAGUUCUCCGCUGCUGCUGGCUUGGGUGGUCGUCGCUGUGGCUCUCAUUUGGGGCGGUGGCGUGGGAGCGCUUUUCCUGUACCGGUCUCUCGUGUCGGUUGUCCGUUGGGCGGUGUAUAAAGUCACCGAGAGGAGGAGGCUGCAGCGGGCGGAACAGCAGGCGGAUCAGUGUAUGGAUGACCUCAUACGGCAGGAGGAGCUGGCCAAGGCCACGCGACGGCCAGCGGACGGCAAGAAGAAGCCCAAGAAGGGGCCCAAGAGCUCCGUCAGUGCUGCGGCCGCCCAGCAAGAGGACAGCGACACAGAGGGAAGCCGCAGGGGGGUGCCUGGGACGGCCGGACGUUCAGCGGACAGGCAAGUGGAGCGUGAGCAAGGCGGCGGACUGGGCGUGGCGGGCGACAAUGACGAUAGAGGCUGGUUAAGUGUGCAGGGCCGUGGCCAACAUCGGUCCCGUGGCCCCUCGUUGGCUCUGCCGUCUCGCCCGCCCGAGCCUGUGCCCUCCCACACACAGACACAGCCUUCACGUGGCUCCUCGCGGGCUCUCCCCCCUCCCUCGCCAUACCCCCCUUCCGUCCCUAUCAGUCACGAGCGGCUGCAGCGUGCACCACAGUCGACCAAUCGCGGCCGGAGGGGCAGCCUGCCGCCUCUUGUGGAGCCCGUGGGCCAACCCAGGUGGGUCGGUGGGUGGGUGCACGGAGGAUAUGAAACAACACUGUGGUCACUGUGGUGCGUGUGUGUCGGGUCAGGAGCAGUGCCAGGGGCGGUGUGUCGAGUGGUGUGUCGUCGUCAAGCCAAUCGUCACUCUCGCACAACACGUAAUCACGCGGAUGACCCCACAGUGACACAUGCAUAUCUGAGUGGGGCAACUCAUUGGCCACUGUUGUUGUGUUGUGUUGUGUCAGCUGGGGCCCCCUGACCACACCGUCCACUGGCGUUACUUCGGCCUCGAGCUCGUCUGCCACCCCAUCCUCUGCCCAAUCGCCCCCACUCACCCCUACCACCAGCACAGCCGCCACCACAAGCACCAGCAACGCCGGCACUGGCGGCUCGUGCAUCGUGUGCUGUGACGACAGCUGCCGGGCGUCCAUCAAGUUCAUGCCAUGCAAACACCUGGUCGUCUGCCAGCGGUGCUUCGCCGACAUGAAGAGGGCUCACGAGGAGAAAGUGGCGGCGGUGAAGAGGCAGAACGCCCGGAGGGGCAGCAGAAGGACCUGCCGGUGUUCGCCUGCCCAUGCUGCCGCAAGUAAGGACGAUCGGGGAGGGAGGGAGGGACAGAAGACACACCAUAGAUCGCCAUGCUGCCCUCUUGUCGUUUGUCUUGUUGCCUGGUGUAGGGUGAUUGAGUUUGCCGGCACGAGGGAAGAAGUGUUGCGGUGGGUGCAGGAGGAGUACACUGCCGAUGGGGGAUAACUCACGAUAGGAUGGGAUGGUGGGAUGACACAUAGGUAGCAGGCCAUGGUUGAGCUUAGACACACCAUGGUGAGGGAGGGAAGGAGGACAUACAAAGAGGACAGAUGAUAGACAGGUUUGGUAGGUUGCUGGCUGGGGCCGCCUUCCAACGCUUUUCAUAUUGAUCGCCAACCUGCGUGCAUCCGUGUAUACAUGUCUGCAUGUACGUGCGUUUGUGUGCGAGAAAGCCUUUUUUCGGACAGAACGACGUGCAUUUGUGGCUGUCUGUGUGGCGUUGAUCUUUGUUGACGUUUUUGUGGACUCUUUAUCCAUCUAUGUGUUGCUGGAUAUGGCUCAAGAUGACCGACAUUGGACACCUUCUGGACGUACUCAACAGGGAGGUGCACGCACGCAUCACACGCAAUGGAUAUGUCUGUCAUCGGCAAAUACAUACGUCUCAUGUAUGUAUGUUCAUCAAAUUCGCGAAGGACUCAGUCACUCAAUCACGUGAGCCAAUGCGAGCAUACGCCAGUUCCCCCUACCUACCUACCUACCUAUUUUCCCUUCUCUCUGCCUAUUCAUGGAUUGUGUAGACGUCCUGCACCCACCGCAGUACCUCCUGACGGCUGCCGGCGAACAGUAUGGCACUGCACAC